AUGGCGAGUGUUGACGACAUCUUCAAGAGCUCCGGUAUCUCAGGCAAGCGCAAGCUCGAUCCUAUCCGAGAUCCAAAUGAGAUCUACAAAUCAGCAAAAAUAAGUGGCGACGGCUCAAAUCGUCACACACGAGUCGACGAUGCGCCUCAAGAUGAAGACGAGGAUAUGGAAGCUGGUCCAGCACCACCACCUGCUGAGGACGACGACUUCGGCCCCGAACUACCUCCCGAUGAUGAUGAAGGCCGCUUCUUUGGCGGAGGGAUCACCAAGCAGGAAUCAGAGAUACUCGACUACGUAGACGAAGCCGACGCUGGCAACGCGCCUGAAAAGAUCGACGCAGCAUGGCUGCGCAAAACAGCUCUGAAUUUUGAGAAGCGCAUCAACAAGAACGCAGAGCUUCGCGCUAAAUUUGAAGACGAGCCGCACAAGUUCAUCAGCAGCGAGGCUGAUUUGGACGCCGACAUCAAGGGCCUAUCCCUUCUUUCCGAGCAUCCAGACCUAUACCCUGAGUUCGUCAAGACAGGUUGCGUCGCCAGUCUUGUCAGUCUACUGGCGCACGAAAACACCGAUAUCGCCAUCGACGCUAUCGAGGUCAUGGGCGAGUUGACCGACGAGGACGUUUCAGCAGAGGACGAGCACUGGAACGAUUUGGUAGACGCCAUGAUGGACGCAGAUCUUCUUGGUCUACUGGUUUCCAACUUCUCCCGCUUGAACGAAGACGACGAAUCAGAUCGCAACGGUAUAUAUCAUGCCUUGGGGGUUAUUGAAAACCUGUGUUCCCGCCAAUCCGUUGCUGAGCGCGUAGGCGAGGAUAAGAAAUUGAUAGAAUGGCUUCUCCAGCGCAUCCAACGAACGGAAGACGUGGUCACCCAAAAUAAGCAGUACGCUGCUGAAAUCCUAGCCAUUCUGGCUCAAACAGCCGUUGCCAACCGUACUCAGCUGAUAAGUCUUGAUGCCGUUGAUUUGCUUCUCCAGCUCGUGGCACCCUACCGACGACGUGACCCUGACAAGGGCAGCGAGGAGGAGGAGUACAUGGAGAACAUCUUCGCAUCUUUGACAUGUUUAGCGGAUGAGGCUACAGGAAAGGCCAAGUUCGUUGACGCCGAGGGUGUAGAACUCUGUCUCAUCAUGCUUAAAGAAGGCAAGAAGAGCAAACCACCUGCUCUGCGUCUUCUCAACCACGCAGCGGGCGGCGUUUCGGGUGCGGACAUCUGCCAGAAGAUCGUUGAAGCUGGUGGCCUAAAGACCCUCUUCACGAUGUUCAUAAAAACGCAAGACCACCGCCUGGCAGAACACCUAGUCGAAAUAUUCGCCUCUAUGCUCCGACUUCUACCCGCCAACUCGGCAGAGAGAAUACGGACGCUGGCUAAGUUUGUGGAAAAGGACUACGAGAAGAUCUCGAAGCUUGUCAAGUUUCGACGAGACUACAUUGCUCGACUUUCGUUAGUGGAGCAGCAGAAUAAUGCCGAGAAGGCAGCGACUCCAGAAGACGAUCGCGAAGCAGCAGAGCUGGAAUGGCUGUCCCGAAGGAUUGACGCGGGUCUCUUCACACUACAAACGAUCGAUACAGUGCUUGCAUGGUUGGUAGCAGAGGAUACAGGGGCAGCACGCAAGAUCAAACAAGUACUUGCCGAGCGCGACGAGAAGGUAUCAGAGAUUGGGCGUACAUUAAAGGAGCAGCUGGAGGGGCUAGACACCACGGAGGAGAACCAGGAUCUGAGGGACAUGUUGAGCACUCUAGUCGAGUUUGUUCAGUAA